ACUUCUCGCUGUUUUUUUUUUUUUUUGCUCGUCUAAACUGAAAACAGGAACAUUUGCAGAGUUCGGCAAGGUUGUUGGAAGCCCCUGAACGCCAGUCAUGUCACAGUUGAGUGGGAAGGUCCAGACGGUCCUGGGUCUGGUGGAUCCGGGCCAGCUGGGCCGAACGAUGACCCACGAGCACCUGACCGUAGCCAGUGAAUGCUGCUACUUCCCCCCUCCUCCGGGCGACGAGGCGGUUGCAGAGAAUCCGUUCCAGAUGCGGCACAUGCACUGGCUGAGGCAGAACCCCUACAGCUGCCACGAGAACCUGCUGCUGCAGCAGGAGACGGCCGCCGUGCGGGACGAGCUGCUGGCCUACAGGAAGGCCGGCGGGGGCGCCGUCGUGGAGAACACCACGGCGGGCAUCGACCGAGACCUGCCCACCCUCAAGCAGCUGGCCGAGGACACCGGGGUCCACGUCGUGGCGGGGGCGGGCUACUACGUGGACUGCACCCACACGGAGGCCACCAAGAGGAUGAGCGUGGAGAAGCUCACGGACGUCAUCGUCGGCGAGGUGCUUCACGGCGCCGACGGCACGGACAUCCGCUGCGGCGUGAUCGGGGAGAUCGGCACCGGCUGGCCCAUCACGGAGAGCGAGACCAAGGUGCUGAGGGCCACCGCUCACGCUCAGGCUCAGCUCGGCUGCCCCGUCAUCAUCCACCCCGGGAGGAAUCCCGCCGCUCCGGCCGAGGUCGUCCGGAUCCUCCAGGAGGCCGGCGGCGACAUCGGCAAAACUGUCAUGUCACAUCUGGACCGGACCAUAUUUGAUGAGGGGGAACUGCUUGAGUUUGCGAAGCUGGGGAGUUACCUGGAGUACGACCUGUUUGGAACGGAGAUGCUGAACUACCCGUUUGACCUGCAGCUGGACAUGCCCAGUGACAGCCAGAGAGUGAAGUGCUUGGCGUUCCUGGUGAAGGAGGGCUACGGCGACAAGGUGUUGGUCGCACACGACAUCCACACCAAGAACCGCCUCACCAAGUACGGCGGCCACGGCUACUCGCACAUCCUGAGGAACAUCGUGCCCAAGAUGCUGAUGAGGGGCAUCUCGCAGCAGCAGGUGGACCAAAUCCUCAUCGACAACCCCAAGCGCUGGCUGACCUUCAAGUGAAGCAGAAGGAGCGACCUUCGAGGGCGCCGUUUUGAUGUUGCCAUUAUUAUAUCUUCAGGAGGUUAUUGAGCAACUGAAGCUCGUCGCAUUAAUCAGACAAACUCAUGUAGAAAUUUGCUUUUGGACCCUCGAAACCAAUGAGCUGCAUUCAUUAGUCCUUAAUGCCAAUGUUUGUGUUUGUCUUGGAACAUAAUUACAGGUUGUUGUCUUCUCCAGCUGAAAGAGUUUUCACAGAAACCUUUGGUAAUUAAAACUUUUCAUUUCAUAUUUGGGUUUAUAUUAUUCACUUUGUAAGCAAAUAAUAGUAAUACAGAAUUAUUAAGAUUCUUGUUUUGGUCUCAUUCAUGACAUAUAAAAAUUGUAUUUUCCUGCUUCCUCUGUGGACUUUUUGCCUGCAUAAUAAAGUGCUGAAGGUGAA